GCGGCGGAGAGAGAAGCGGACCGAGCUGCGGAGAUCACACGGAGUUCCAGCGUCGCGCUCCGGGAGCGCAGGAAGACCAGAGGCCGCCGUCACCUGCCAGGAGCCCCCGAGCGGAGAGGAGAGAGGCGGGCACGGCUGCGGAGGACUGGUUUUACCCACAGCUUAUCGACAAACAGCGAGGCAACACCGGGAGGGAGCCAGGAUCGCAGCCGAAGUGGCCGUCGCAUCGCUCCCCAGCCUCUCCUGUCGAAAAAAUCCGGUCCUGAGCAGGAACAGACCGUUCAGAGAGACCGGCGUUCAACAAGAACGAGAGGAAGACGAGCCGAGGAGAGGCUCUGAAUACAGCUGAAGGGAAUUCAACCAAACUGAGGAAUUAUUACAACAUUCAGUCUCAGCUCUGCCCUCUGGAUUUUUUUCUGUUCCUGUUUUUUUUACCCUCUGUUUUUAAGGAGAGUCAUUUGUUGGAACUGACAUUAGCCUUUUUGUUCGACAGUGAGAAUCAGAGUAAUGUUUGACCUCGACAUCUGCCUGGUAGAUGAAAGGUCUGGUAUUUUUUCUUCUUUGUGAACCUUUCGACCGCCGAGUUUUAGAGAAACUCCGGGAGCCGAAGGGGAUUUUUUUUUUCGCUUUGAACUUGCGCAAUCUCUUUCAUUUCUAGUUUUUGCCACUCUGUUAUCCCACUCUGUCUCUUUCUGAUUUCUCUUUGUUUCACAUAAAAGGAAGAAAAGGAGGCGACUGACUCAAGUUUCUCUGACAGGAACUUCAAUAGCGUUUUCAUUCCUGUUUUGGAUUCACAAGGGGACAAAUCCUCCCUUGUGUGUGUGACAGAGUGUGUGUUUGUGUAGCUGAGUGUCCCUCUGCGAUACAUUAACGUGUAUCGGGGGACAAUAACUGGCCCUGUGUGUCUUUUCUGGGAAAAUGGGAUCAGAAAAGGACUCAGAGUCACCUCACUCCUCAGUGAGCGGUGUCCCCAAUCCUAAGUGCCGUGCGGCGGGCAAACGCCAGGGCCGCAUCUCCUUUCACAGCCUCUUUCACAGCAAACGGGGCUCUCGGGCGACCAGGGGCCCCAAAGCUGGAGCGGCCACCCCUUUAUCCCAUCAUCACCACACACAACAACAGCUUCUCCCUUCUUCCUUGAGCUCAGCGCCCGCCGCAGCCUCUUCUACGCCCACAACGACUACCACCACAGCCGCCACGACCCCCCAGGACGCUGCCUCCAGCACACCCUCGAAGCCACUCUCCUCCAGCCAGCCAUCCCUGGGAGGAGCCCCCUCCUCCGCGGAGGCCAAUCUCCUGGAGUGCCCCCUGUGCCUGGUGCGCCAGCCCGCUGACCAGCUCCCAGAGCUGCUGGGGUGCAGCCACCGCUCCUGCCUCUGCUGCCUGCGGCAGUACCUCCGCAUUGAAAUCACAGAGAGUCGAGUCCAGCUCAGCUGCCCUGAGUGUGCCGAGAGACUGGCCCCGCAACAGGUGGCGGACAUCUUGGAUGAUGCGGCUCUGCUGGAGAAGUAUGAGGAGUUCCUACUGCGGAGGUGCCUCGCCUCUGAUCCAGACUGCCGAUGGUGCCCGGCGCCUGACUGCGGAUUUGCUGUCAUCGCCUCGGGCUGUGCCAGCUGUCCCAGGUUGGUUUGUCGCAGAGAAGGCUGCGGUGCCGAGUUCUGCUACCACUGCAAACAGGCCUGGCAUCCCAACCAGACCUGCGACUCUGCCCGCCAACAGAGGGCGCAAUCCCUGCACACCCACAGCAACCACUCGCCCAGCUACACGCAGGAGCAGGGACCCGCUGACGACAUCAAGCCCUGCCCUCGCUGUGGUGCCUACAUCAUCAAGAUGAAUGACGGGAGCUGCAAUCACAUGACCUGCGCCGUCUGCGGCUGUGAGUUCUGCUGGCUCUGCAUGAAGGAGAUCUCCGACCUGCACUACCUCAGUCCAUCUGGCUGUACUUUCUGGGGGAAGAAGCCUUGGAGCAGGAAGAAGAAGAUUUUGUGGCAGCUGGGCACCCUGAUCGGAGCGCCGGUCGGCAUCACCCUCAUCGCAGGCAUCGCUGUUCCCGCCAUGGUCAUCGGCAUCCCCGUUUAUGUCGGCCGCAAGAUCCACGCCCACUACGAGCUGAAGAAGUCGUCCCGUCACAGAAGGAACCUGGCCAUCACAGGAGGCGUGGCCCUGUCUAUCAUCACCGCCCCGGUCAUCGCAGCUGUCAGCGUGGGUAUUGGUGUGCCCAUCAUGCUGGCCUACGUUUACGGUGUGGUGCCCAUCUCUCUGUGUCGAGGGGGCGGUUGUGGUGUCAGCAGAGGGAAGGGACGAGGGGUACGGAUUGACUUUGAUGAGGACGAUGGUCCAAUCACAGUGGCAGAUGCGUGGCGAGCCCUCAAGUCCCCGAGCCUCGGUGAGAGCAGUCUGGACGGGGCGGUCAGCGGUCUGAGUACCACCUCCCCCAGUGAGGGGCUCUCCGUGGCCCCUGGGACUCUGGGUGAUACGCCCCACUUUAACACCCUGGCAGGCGGCGCCCUGGGAACUCGCACCAGCAAGUACAGCAGGCUGGAGGUGCAGGCAGGGGAGCUGGCUAAAGAAUCAGCCCAGAGGGAGACAGGCAGCCUGGGGGCCGGGAGUGACUGCGCCAGCACCCGUGGAAUGGCCGGAUCCAUCAUCUCGUCCUAUACACUACCUGACAGGGAGUGCACCAACCUGGAGAUCCAGGUGGACAUCGAGACCAAACCCAGCCAUCUCUGCCUGACCAGCGAAGAGGACCUAACCCCGCCCCCUGGCUCUGCUGCCAUGGUGACCGUCUCAGGAGGGGAGGAGCCUCAGGACUGCAGCUCCAGAAGGGGCGGGGCCUUGUCUGGCUCGGCGUUGGGACUGUCGCCGGGAGCGUCAAUCAGGGAGGGGCUCCGAGACGUCACCCUGGCUCAACCGGAGAGCAUCCGCAGUGACCUGGAGAUGUCGGACACUCAAUCCGACGACAUCGCAGAGCUGACGUCCGACGACUGUGACUCGCCCCACCCGAAAAGCUGUCACCUGGCGGCCGGCCAGCAGCCCCAGCCUCCCUCCUGCCGAGCCCUGAACCCCCCCGAAGGCCUUCACUGUCCCACAGACGGCAACGUCAUCCUCUACGUCUGAGAGAACAGCAGCUCUCAGGAUUGCACAAAAGAAUGAACCAACCCCCCAACACUCACAUUUGAGCUCUCCUUUACUUCAUGGCUUUUCUUCCUUUGGCAUUUCUGGUUUGCUGCUUUUGCGACUCACAGACACCGUCUUAAACACAGACUGCGUUUGUUUACUUUUGUCUGUCUGUCUUAUCUAUCUACCUGUCAAUCUCCUCGCUGAGUAAAUUGUCAGGGUUCUACCUCUGAGAUUUAUAAGAUGAUGAUUUAUGUUUACUCCUUGGUGCAAAAUGCCUUGGCUACUUAAGCAAAAAAGAAAAAAAAAGAAAGAAAGGAAAAAAAAAAAGAGGUACAAAUUUUCCACAAGAAAUAUUGCAAAAUUGAAAUUAUGAAAUAAGGUGAAAUGUCACCAAGCACAGCAGAGGGAGAAGGAUCGUCAGGAAAGCAGAUGUUUCCUGGGGACGAAGGGGAUGUUUAUAACAAUGUAUGAAUGAAUGUGGACUUUGUACUCAACUAUUGUGGCUUUAUUUUCUUCUUUCUCUCUAUUUAUAUUCAGAUGACCUUGAAAUUUUAUCAUUUGCUGUGUGCAUGAGUCUGCAUGAGCCAUGCCUCGUGUGAAAGGUUUAAGGGCAGUGAGUGUCUGUUACACUGGUGAAAGUUUACUUUAGAGGAUGAAGCUGCACUUGAAUCUCGCUUUCCCUGCACAGAGGAGGAGGAGGAGGAAGAAGAGGAGGAGGGACAUGGGGCGAAAAAUAAGAGUUUCAAAUUAUAGAAAAAAGUGACUGAGUUCUGACAACGACGUGGCCGGGAGACGCUGGAAGCCAUUUUAUUCUGAUAAAGUCUAUGACAGUGCAGGAGCGGCUUCACACUCUGUCCACUCUGGGUUUGUCCCGCUGUUGCACUGAGACGUACAUCAUCUAACAGACAUUUAUCAUUAUCAUUUCACAAAUAAUCCACCGAGAAACUUACAUAAGUAUAAACUUCUAUUAAAAGAAAGAUAAUCUCAAAAACUAACUAACUACGGUUUUAGCCACACAGAUAACGCUUCUUAACUCUUCAAUUAUAUGAUGAAGUAACACACUUAAACACAUUCUGCAUGGAUGUGGAAAGUGACCCUCUGGUGCUUGAACUGUCUACAUGCUAGAAUUUAUUAUAGCUCUAUAUCAAAGGUUCCACAUAUUAAAACAUCAGUGCAACUUCAGGCAUAGAUUUAGGUUUAGAUUUAUUAACUGAGGACAGGCUAUUAUCAGAAAUAUUAAUACAGUAAUGAUAAGACGAUAAUUAAAAUGCAGCAUAAAUUAUCUAAGUCAAUUUUUACAAUGAUUUGUGUAACAGAAGGGGUUACAGGCUGUGAUUCAUUGCUGUCUAUAGUAAAACAAACCCUGUAGUUGCAGUAUCUAGUAAGUUGUGAUCACUUUUUAAAACCGGCCGCUGAAGCUCUGAACAGCGAACGCUCAUCGUCCAUCUUUAACCGGCUGCCUGACCCGCCGCUGCUCGCUGUCUGUUGUCAGAACUCUCUCACUGGUGGUUCUGGUGUGUGUCAUGUUUGUGACUGGACACCUGACUGGUUUUGGUUUCCGAUAUGUGAGCCAGCUGUGUGACCCACUUGAAUGUUGUGUGUGUUUGUUUGUGUGUGUGUGUGUGUGGGUGUGGGUGUAAAUGGACUCUUGAUGAAUGUAUUUGUUUGUCCCACUUUGUUUUUUGAAUGAGCACUUGUGCACUUUACCUGAAUUUAUCUUUUUUUUUUUUUGUUUUUGAGAUUCAUUAUCUGUUGCUAUGGAUGAGUUUACUUUACUGCAUUUGUAUACAAAAGUCUGUGGUACAACCAAAAUAAAUCACCUACCAGAAGGCCUUUUAUGUUGGAUGUAACAAGAAGAGUUUGGCUCCAAAACAUCAUACAACCAUUUUUGAAAAGAAAUGCUUUGUCACGUUUAUUAUUCAAUAUUUUUAAGGGCAUCCAAGGUAUGUUUUUUAAUAAAUGUGUGAUCCAAGGACUAAUUAUCUUUAUUGUUUUAUAUUUUACUUCAUUAGUUUAUGUUUUACUUAUCAUCUUUUACGAAAGUCAGUUUCACUUUUGGAGCCAAGCACUUCAAAUAUCGAUGCCGAUAAGCUCUUCUUAAUCAUACUCACUAGCUUGAAUUGUUUCUUAGCUUUGUAUCACCUCUGUGCUUCAGUUUAAAAAGGUUUUCUACCAGGCUUUCCUUUAACCUGCGAGGACUUGACUUGGGAACCUUUUUCAUCUCAGAGUAGCUUUAUGGAUUUAGCUGCUUAUAUAACUUGGCAGUGCUUUGUUUGGUCUGCACUUAUCACUUGUCUCUGCCUGCCUGCCUGUGAGAAAACACUCGAAUGUACCACGGACAGAGUGUGAGUGUUAAUGGCAAUGUCCCAUUAAGACCACAGGUGGUCCUGUCCUUAUUUGAAAAGGUUUUAGAGUAUAUAGAUAGCAAUAUUUAAGUGUUAUAAUAUUGUUUGUGUAUUUCCUGUCACUGUUAAAGCCCUGCUCUCUGUGGGGUUGUACAUGCAGGACUGUGAAAGACAACUUGUGGACCUUUGGGGAAAAAAUAAACACAAUCUGAUG